AGGGCCAGUCGCCGCCGCCGCUCGGCGUAUGGUAGUACGGGGCUGGGCGGCUGCCGGAGGGUGAAUGAAGCGGAGAGGAGGAGGAGGAGGCGGCGGAGGAGGAGGCGGCGCUGGGGCUGGGAUGUGCCCGGCAGCAGCCCCGCUCCGCUUCACUCAGGGCCCAGGCCGGCUGCAGACGCCACCCGUCACAUUGCAGGCCAAGCCAGAUGGGCAAGCAAUACAAGCUGUGAAUUUAUUCUUGACCCCUCUAAGACAGUGACCACCUUCGUUCUUGUCUUCACCAGAUAUGCACUGCCAAUAAGUGAAAAGGUCAAGAAAAGCAGUAGCUCAGUGGCUGAAUUUUUCAGAAGUGCUUUACAGCAGGGAAAGUGGGGAAAACCCUUAAAGUAGUGUCUUACUCAAUCCUGAAGCACAGGGAAAAAGUUUUAAUACAAAACAUCAGAAAAAAAAAGCUUCAACAUCUUCUGUGAGAGGGGGAAAAAAAGAGAUUUACCAUUGCAUCUUGAAACACUCACAUGAUCUGAGACUGCUUCAUCUGACCUUCAAGAAUUCAGCGACACAACAGGGGCCAAAAAAACCUCACAGACAAGAAUGCUUUUAGUGUUAAUUUAUAAAAUAUGUCUUUCACCAAUAAAAUAAAGCUAUGACAUUUAUAGAGCCCAGAGAAGGAACACAGCUGUCAAAAAGGCCCAGGUCUCCUGCUGUUAAAAUUAAGGGCAGCUGAUGCUAGUGAGAGAAUAAUCAGGCUUAUGAGAUGCACAUGUUAACGCGUGCGCUCAGGUGUUCCUGGGGUGUGCCCCGAACGCUUGCAGGAAUGUUUUUCAAGUACUGAGAAGUAACCUCUUAAGACUUGUUUCAGUUAAGCUAAUGAGGGUAUUGAGUGUUCCUUCCCCGUUUGGAGAGAGAAGAUUACUUGGCUUAGUUGCAUGAGGUGCUCUAUCUUACUUCAACUGAAAGAGGAGAAACAGCAAGGACCUGUGAGCACUCUGACAGUUUCUGAAAAAUCUUCAUGCUAAAGGAUACUCCAGAAUUCCCUGAACAAGAACGCAGUGAAUGUUGUCAAGUCCAUGCUAUGAAGUUUUAGAGAGAGAAGAAUCUGAUGCUGAGAUGGUUGUUCCCCUGAAGAUUGCAGGGAUUGCAUCCUUGGAUGCUUUGUGUUGAGAAGAAUCCAGAAGAACUGUUGGAAAAUCGUGUUCACGGGGAGAUGAUUCCUCAUGAAGUCACUGGAUCCUUUGCAGAAAUCAAAUGUGACUUUCCAUUUAUCAGACUGAAAUCAGAGCCAGCCAGCCAGUGAAGCAAGCACAGUGGAGAGGGGACGGCAAAAGAUGAAAUCCAACCAAGAGCGGAGCAAUGAAUGCUUGCCACCUAAGAAGCGAGAAAUCCCUGCCACUAGCCUGCCUUCAGAGGUGAAGCCAGUCCUGCCAAACGAAAACCACCGAGCAGAUAACCUAGCAUGGCUCCCCAACACACCUGGCAGCCAGGGUGGCCUGGGGGGCCGGCACCGGCCAGGGGGCAUGUCAUCGGUGGAGGUGGGCUUGCAGCAGGGUUUGCACAAGUCGCUAUCUGCAGGGCUGGACUAUUCCCCGCCAAGCGCACCAAGGUCUGUUCCAGCCUCCACCACUCUUCCCACAGUGUACUCACCUGCCCUCUCCCAGUCAGGGGCUCCCAUUUCCCCUGUGCAGUACACACACCUGCCACAUACCUUCCAGUUCGUUGGGCCCCAGUACAGUGGAUCAUACACCGGAUUCAUCCCCUCACAGCUGAUUUCCCCAACAGCCAAUUCUGCGACUGGCACUGUGGCAGCAGCCACAGCUGUUGCGACCACUCCAUCCCAGCGCUCCCAGCUGGAGGCGUAUUCCACUUUGCUGGCCAGCAUGAGCGGCUUAAGCCAGCAGGGACACAAAGUUGAGCCACACUUGGUCAGGACGCCUGGACUGAUUGCCGCCGGGUCUCCUCCACCUACCCAACAGAACCAGUACGUCCAUAUUUCCAGCUCUUCUCAGAGUACUGUCAGAAACGUCUCUCCUCCAACCAUCCCAGUCCCCCUGCACCCCCAUCAGACAGUGAUCCCACACACUCUCACCCUCGGUCCUUCCUCCCAAGUGGUGGUGCAGUACACUGACUCGGGAGGCCACUUCAUCACCAGGGAUGCCCCCAAGAAGCCUGAGAGCAGCCGGCUGCAAGCGAUGCAGGCCAAGGAGGUACUGAACGGUGAGAUAGAGAAGAGCCGGAGGUAUGGCAUUUCGCCCUCUGCUGACAUAGGUCUAGUAAAAGCAGGCAAUAAACCAGCUCCCCACCAUUACGAGACCAGGCACCUGGUGGUCCACUCAAGCCCUAUUGAGUACAGUGCGCGGGAUUCCUCAGGUGUACGAGCCUCUGUCAUGGUGGUCCCCAACAGCAACACACCCACGGCAGACAUGGAAGUGCAGCAGGCCACUAACCGUGACACCUCUCCUACAGUGCUCAAUGACAAGGGAAGCUUGCACUUGGGUAAGCCAGCACACCGGUCCUACGCCUUGUCUCCACAGCAGGCUCUGGGCCACGAGGCGGUGAAGGCAGUGGCCACGCUGUCCCCUCACACUGUCAUUCAGACCACCCACAGCGGCUCUGAGCAACUCCCCGUUGGGCUGCCAGCAACAGCCUUCUAUGCCGGGACCCAGCCACCGGUGAUUGGUUACCUGAGCAGUCAGCAGCAAGCCAUUGGGUACCCUGGCAGCCUGCCACAACACCUGGUGAUCCCUGGCACCCAGUCCCUGCUGAUACCAGUUGGCAGUGCAGAUGUUGAGCCGUCGGCAGUCACACCUGCAAUUGUCACUUCGUCUCCUCAGUUUGCAGCAGUGCCUCACACGUUCAUCACCACCACCGUCCCUAAGAGUGAGAACUUCAGUGCAGAGCCCCUCACUACUCAGCCUGCCUACCAGGCCACCAUGGUGCAGGCACAGAUCCACCUGCCUGUGGUGCAGUCCAUCGCUUCCCCUGCUGCCGCUCCUCCCACGUUGCCCCCUUACUUCAUGAAGGGGUCAAUCAUUCAGCUGGCCAAUGGGGAGUUGAAAAAAGUAGAGGACUUGAAAACAGAAGACUUCAUACAGAGUGCAGAAAUCAGCAACGACCUGAAAAUAGACUCCAGCACUGUGGAGAGGAUUGAAGUCAGCCAUAGCCCAGGCAUUGCUGUCAUACAGUUUGCAGUUGGAGAGCAUCGAGCACAGGUGAGCGUGGAGGUCUUGGUAGAAUACCCUUUUUUUGUAUUUGGACAAGGCUGGUCAUCCUGCUGCCCCGAGAGAACCAGCCAGCUCUUUGAUUUGCCAUGCUCCAAACUCUCAGUGGGGGACGUCUGCAUAUCGCUCACACUCAAGAACCUGAAGAACGGCUCUAUUAAAAAGGGCCAGCCCAUGGACUCAGCUAGUAUCUUGCUGAAGCAUUCAAAGAAUGACAGUCUAGCUGGAAGUAGACACAGGUAUGCAGAGCAGGAAAACGGGAUUAAUCAGGGAAGCACACAGAUGUUAGCUGAGAACGGUGAACUGAAGUUUCCGGACAAAAUAGGAUUGCCUGCAGCACCUUUGCUCACCAAAAUAGAACCCAGCAAGCCCCAGGCAACGAGGAAGAGGAGGUGGUCAGCCCCUGAAUCACGAAAACUAGAGAAAUCAGAAGAGGAACCACCUUUGACUCUUCCCAAGCCUUCUUUUAUUCCUCAGGAGGUUAAGAUUUGCAUUGAAGGUCGAUCCAACGUAGGAAAGUAAAAGCUGUUUGGGGAAAGGAAAUUAGGCUAUCCCUUGUCAUUUUUAUCCAGAUUACUGUACUGUAGACUAAAUAACCCAGUAUUUACAUGUUAUCAUCUUACUUUAGGUUUAUGUUAUAACCUUGUUGUUAUAGUUGCAGCUGGUAUUAUGCAGGAGACUGGUGCAUAUGUUUUUCCACAAGUGUUUGUCAGUGACUAGGUUUAUUGAGAGCUACGGAAGGGGCAGUAUCUGCUUCACAUACCCUUAGUGGAAAUGAAUGUGUUGUCAUGGCUCCUGUUUGCUAACACCUCGUGUAGGACAGGGUCCAGCUGUGAUUUUGUUUUCUUUCUGUUGUCAUUUUUGUUUUGUUUCGUUUCGUUUUAUUGUUUUGGUUCCUAUUCUAGUUUUCUGGGGGGAGGUGAGGAGAAGGGAACUGUAGCAGUGGUGUAUGUCACGCGUGGAGCGUGUGUGUGUGUGCGUGUGUGUGUGUGUGUCCCUCCCUCCCAAGGAGGGGCUGCGGCUCUGUGGCAGGCUGGUGAAGAGGUUUCCUCACCCCAGGUGGACGCUGAGGAAACAACCCGUGGGUGUUACUGAAAAGGAUCAGACAGUCUCUGACGUUCUCAACAAGAAGCCAACUCUUACUCAAGGCUCUAGACUAUAUAUAUAUAUAUAUAUAUAUAUUUGUGUGUGUGUAUAUGUAUAUAUAUAUUUUUCCCCCCAUGGGGUCUGACUGCACUGAUUUUUAUUCCUAAAGCAACUGCCACACCAACAUUUCCUUUCAGCUUGCUAGUGCAGUUCCAUUGCUUGGAGUCAGCAGACGGGGAGGCUGUACAGGCUGUGCACCGGUCACCCUGCAAGGUUUUGCUUCGUGGCGGUGGGGCGGGCGGGUGGGUGGGUGUGUGUGCGCAUGUGUCCCGAGUGUGCGUGAGUGCGCGCCAGGAGGCCUCCGGCUCCCCGGCUGCGCCCGGCUCAGGCUCACUCCCGUUUCUGUGCAGUGUUAGACAAAGCGACCGGGUUACGCCAUUGACAUCUGCUUCCACAAGGUAGACGCAUACUGCCCCUUUGAGAUCACGGGCAUCCUUCGUUUGCAGUUAGGUUGCAAAUCUUUAGUACUGUUUUCAGUUCAUGAUUAUGGACAACUGGUGCCACUUUUUUCAAAUCUUGGUGUGACACAGGAAUCCGCUGUUGAAGAUGAACCUAGAAUGUCUUUAAGCACUUAAAAUGCUGUUCACACUUGAUUGCUGAGCAUCCUGGUCUAACACUCAGUACGUACUGUAUCUCACUUUAAUCUGCUCGGAAAGCAACAACAACAAACAACAAACAAAUCUCUUCAACACUGUAACUACAUGCAACUAUGUAGAGUUUUCUCACAGGCAAGAUGCUGAAAGUUUUACCGUGGUUUCAAAGGGAUGAAUGUGAAUUAUUGAACUAGUAUGUGACAGUCAUUGUCCACAAAGGACUACUUAAUAGGAGGCACUUUUUAAACUUUAAUGCUUGAGAAAGAGUUAAAGGCAUAUGCGAGCUGACAGAUAAUAAUUUAAAAAGGAGAGAAAGGAAAAAGGAGAGAGGAAAAAAAAAAUCAUUGUCCAGUGUUUUUGAAAAAGAUGGACUUUAAAGAAUCUUGCAAUUUGCACAUCUUGAGUUUAUCAUUUGUGUGGUAUUCCUGCAGUUUUUACCUAAUAAUGUUGUGGGUUGGGGGGGGUCUGAAAGAGCAUAAACAAAUGUAGCAAUUACUCACUAACCUGCCUAUGCUCUAGGCCAUUUCAUAGGGUUAUGUUCCUUUUCAAGUUCAUUUUUGGUCUUUCUACCAUAUCUGCCACACAGAACCAGGUCCUACUGGGACAGCUCUGAGAAUUUUUCUUCAGACUUGCUGAGAGAAUUUUCCACAAGAAACAUUUCUGUAUGUAAGCAAGGUGUUUGUUUGUUUUGAAAACAAACCUGUUGUUAUUUUAUUGUUAUUGUUUGUUAUUUUAAUUGCAUUGUUUUCCAUUGGAAAGGCGAGUUUUCGAGAGUUUGGUACAAACCAAUCAAGACUGGGGGAGGGAGGGGGGCGGGGGGGAAUUCAUGCCGUUCAGUCUUUUCUUUCCCCAGGUAGGGCUGGAUUCUUGGAGGUGCUGUGCACCCAGCCUCCCGCACGAGCCUCGGGGAAGUGCGAGUGUGAAGCACUUGGGGGCUGAGCGCUAAAGCCUGUUGCUGCCACUAGAGAGACCCCUUGAUUUCAGUGGGAUUGCACUCGGGCCCUACGUGAGCAAGCGUUCCUGUUGCAGUUUCGGUUGGCGAGUUCGCAUCCUUCAGGUAGUUUUGAAGAAGCUGUGCUAAUAGGGAGAGAAGGAAGUAAGUUUGUCGGCAAAACGCAGUGACCUAAGGUGAACAAAUUUAUCUGAAAGUCUUGUUUUCCCUCUCCCCUAAAAUAACAGUGCUUUUAUUUAAGAGGAGAAAUGUUAACCCCGAACCCCAGCUUCGACUCUGUUAUUUGUUACUUGAAAUUUAGCUCACACCAGAACUAAUUGUUUUUAUACCAUAUUCUGGGGUGCACCAAAAAGUUGAAAUACGUUUAAAAUAGCUUGAAACUUUUCUUGAAUUUCCUUGAAUUUUAUUAACCUCUCGGCAGGCUACCAAAUAGCUGAGUGGGUUUCUUCUCACAGUCACACUGCUUAGUUAGUGCUUAUUUGUUAAUAUUUCUGCUCAGAGAAGUUGCUUAAUCUUCCAUAUACUCUGCUCAGGGCACUUGCAAUGUAUUGUUUUGUUUUUUGUUUCCUGUUUUAAGCUUUGGUGGUAAAGGAAUAGAAAGAAUUAGAGAUUUUGGUUCACAGUCAUACCACUAUUUCCAUACUUCAUGUGUACUCGGAAUAAAACCACAAAUCUCAAGUAGAACCAUGCGCAUACACAUUUGUGGUUCAUAAGGAAGCAGGGGCUAUUGAACUGACUGGAUCUCUUCAACUAACACUAAAAAAGAAGAAGAAUAGUACAUUAAAAAAACACAAAACCAUUUGGAGCAAUAGGAAUGUAUUAGUUCUGUGCUGAUAUUUCAGACCGAGGAAUUCUGAAAUAACUGGUUCUUUCCAAACAGUUUUCCCUUUCCAUGCUUUGGCUUUUGUAGGACGUGCAAUACUUUAUGUGCCAACUUAGACUCACCCGUGUGGUGUUAGCUAGAUCUCACUCCCUCUUCUGAUUUUCCACGUUGGCUUAUAUUUUUUUUUAUUUCCUUGUUUCUACUUAUCCUCCCCUCCCCCCAUUCUGUUAUUAAUUCCCUCUCUAUCCUCCUCCCUGCCAAAAUAAAAUAAAAAUGGAGCAUAUUAUUUAAGGGUCAAGCAUCCCUCACCCCAGGAAACAAAACCCCUUUUCUGUUUAAAAAGAUCCAGAAACCAAAUAAAGGCAAAAAUACAAAACUAAAAAGACAUGUUAUUUCCUGCAUGUCCUCCAGGUGGAGAGUGGCCCUUGGCUGUGCGGCUGAGGGGCACCCUCUGCCCGGAUGGCACACAGAGGAGACCUGACUCCCACCAGGGAAAGAAAAGUCCCCUCUGGGACCAAGUCCUUUGCAAAUGGGAGCUUUGCCUCUUCCCCUGGCCCGAGCAUCCCUUGCAGCAAAUCCCCGCACCUGGAAAUUCCCAUCCAUUCCCAGGCGCGUGCAAAAACGCCACUUGCAGGCAUAAAUGCUGAGGUGAAGCCGAAGGAGGAGAUUGAGCCACUGCUGCCGCAUGGCAUCCACUUUGCAAUAGUGACUGACAGUCGUUUUCCUUUUCUUUUGGUCCUUUUUUGUGUUUAUUUCUUCCUUUCUUUUUGUAGCAGGCCUGUUUAGUUUACAACGAAAUGCAUACAAUCACCAAGCAAUUAGUCAGGGCAAAGGAAAAUACGAACCUCUUUAUAGGUAUUUCUAAAAAAUAGCUCUCUGUCUAUCUAUCUAUCUAAUCUAUCUAUAGAUCUAUAUAUAUUAAAUGACUGUUCCUUAAGAGUGUUUAACUUAGGCAUUGUUUCCGUUUGUUUGGGCCACAUCAUGGGGAAUUUGAGUUUGAUGUCACUUACCUUCAGUCCUCUGGUCCAGACCCAAAUCGGAGUCGCUGUUGACCUACUUUACCAUUUCAUUCGCUGCCCUCGGGCUCGCUUUCCCUCGAAGAUGCAGACCUCGGGAGGAAGGAGGGGAACACACGUUCCUUUUUUGAUUUCCUUUUAAUUCCUUUGUCCUGCUGUCACUUUGUUUGAUCAGUUGUUUCUGUCAUUUUCUCACCGUGGGGAAGUGACAUCACUACUCUCAUUUCCCUUAAAUCAAGGAACAUUUAGAAACCUUUCACACCUUUUACUCAGGGAUGGGGCUGGCAUAUGUGUGGUACACUGAUGUGACCAGAAGCAGCACUUUUACUGCUCCGGAGUAGGGAUGUACAAUGUUACAGACAAGUUUGGAUUUCCUGCAUCUCAUAGUUUGAACUUUGUAGAUCUCACUUAGAUUGCAAUACAAAAGCAGCAGGCUCAGUGUGAACUGUAGCUGUUGGUUAUCAUGAAAAAUCAUUCUGCAGAGAUUUAUUUUACUUUUCAAGUGUGUUGCCAAUAGUAAAGAAGAAACAGUGAAAUUCUGUUAAUACUUACAACUGCUUAAAAAAAGAAAAAACCCUUUAUCAAGGAGAGCAAAUCCUCAGUAAUUUUAAACACUAACAGUGUUAAUUUCAAAGAGGGGGUCUCUUGGCACAGUGCUCUGUAUGCGUCCUGGGACCCAGUUCUGCAAACACUUACACAUGUGCUUUUGGGAGGUCCAGACUGGCCAGCAAAGGCUGCCCAGGAGCUUCCUGUCAAGCACAUGUAGAAAUCUUUGCAAAAUUGAAGCUUGGUUCAGCCAGGGCCAAAUCCUGGCCUUAAACAGGUGGUUGGAAAAAUCUUGGAAUUCAUCCAGGUUUACCAGGGUGAAAGACCCAGGUGGGCAGGAGGGAUUUGGUGUGUUGAAACAGUUCUGCUGUCCCAGGAACUGGACAACAGACAAAUGGGACAGGCACUCGAACCAGUAAUUUCCAUUUCUCCCCUCCCCAUCAUCACAGGUAACAGAGCGUGCUCUGGCCUGUGCUGGUGUGAAAAGCAAGGAGGAUGAACACACCACCUAUUUCCUUUCCUCGGCUUUAUCCAACCCUCCCACCCUCCAAAUCUGGGAAUAACUAGCAAAAUGAGGAUUUGUUGAUGCAGAUAAGUGUUUGUGCACACCCCCUCCCCCCCAGACAGAAGUGUCUGUUUGCACACAAAUAAGUAUGUGUGGAGUUCUUUUAAUGCAUAUGCCUACACGUCUGCUUGGGUUCCCUGUCCUGAGGACAGCCUUGCUUUGUGUCCAUAGGGAAAUUCCAAACGCAUUGCACACCUCUACUCCAGAGUUCACUUUCUUUUACAUAGACAACCUCGCUUCGGAUGUGUUACCUUUACUGAUAGGAUCUUUUCUUGUAGCACUAUACCUUGUGGGAAUAUUUUUGAUGUAAACCUAAUUUGAGAAGCUUAUUAAAAUAGAAACUUCUUUUGAAGCACUCACAUUGAGGAGUACAGGUAAUGUUUUAAACAAUUGCACAAAAGAAAAAUGAAUGUUGGAAUGAUUCAUUCAGUGUUUGAAAAAGAGAUGGCUCUGUUUGAACAGUGAGUUUCAUACCUUGUUUGUAAAAAAAAAAGUUUUUAAAUACAAAAGCAGAGAAAGGUUGAAAGUUACAUGUUUUUUGUAUAUAGAAAAUGUCAUGUCUAGAUGAUCUGAUUUGUAUUGGCUUUGGCCAGGAAGAAUUACUACUUAAAAGGCUCUUAAAGAACAA